AUGGCUUAUUCAUACAAUGGACAACAGCCACCUUACCCAAAUACUGGUUUCAACCCACAGGGACAAAAUCCCUACCAACAAAUGAAUCAACCACCACAAGCUGGCUGGAACCAAAAUGCUUUUUACACUCAACCUCCACCAAGAAUGAAUACCACAGCUUAUGCUACAGAAACAGGACAAGGAGAUAAACGCUUCGACUUCACUGAAGCUUCCAUUCGUGCAGCUUUUGUUAGAAAAGUCUUUAUGAUGGUAUCAAUAAUGUUAUUAGUUGUUGCUGUCAUGACAGCUGUUCCAUUUAUGGAUCAUAGUGUAAAAAGUUAUGUUAGAAGUUCUCCAGCAUUGUAUUUUUGUUCUUAUGGAAUUUUCUUAGUUGUAUACAUUGCUUUAAUGUGUUGUGAAUCCGUUAGAAGAAGUUUUCCAGCUAAUCUUAUUUGUACAGCUGUCUUAACUCUUUCUAUUGGAUACAUGACAAUGAUGUUAUGUUCAAUGUAUGAUAUUGUUCCUGUUCUUCUUACAUUAAUAAUUACAACAGUUUGUUGUUCAGGUAUCAUUGUUUUUUCUAUGCAAACAAAACAUGAUUUAACAUCAAAGAUGGGAUACCUUUUCAUUGCUUCACUUGCUCUUAUGGUAUUUGGUUUUGUAGCUAUAAUUGCUUCAGCUAUAUUUCAUGUUAAAUUCAUCUAUACUAUAUAUGCUGGACUUGCAGCACUUCUCUUUAUGUUUUAUCUUGCUGUUGACAUUCAAAUGUUAAUGGGAGGAAAAAAAUAUGAAUUGUCUCCUGAAGAUCAUAUCUUCGCUGCUAUUCAAAUAUUCCUUGAUAUUGUAUACAUUUUCUGGAUGUUACUUUCUAUCAUUGGUGGUUCAAGCAGAGAUUAA